AUGGACACGAAUCGUUCGCUACCUGACAACACUCCAAAGAAACAUCUCACACUCAAAGUGGACAACUACGAGAAGCAUUUGUUGUCAAUCGGCCAGUAUUUGAUUGGACAACGGGCUAUAGGAGAUGACAACAAUUCAUACGAUCUAGAGUUGAUCUUCAACGAUGGUCAUUCCGAGCUUUGUCAUUCCGUUGUUUUGGCUGCCCAUUCGCAAAAAAUCGCCAAGAUUCUCAAAGACGAAGAUUUGGACAACAUACGCGUAUUUUGGGAUGAAUCUUCGAUGAUUGUGCCCCUUCUCGACUUCGUUUAUACGGGAAAAUUUGAAAUUGACGUUCAUAAAAUUCCGGCUCUCAUCAGGCUUUCAAGCUGUAUUGGAGUUUCUGCAUUGGUUUCUAUCCUUGGCGAUAAACUCGCGGAGGUUUCCAACGAAAGUGCAAAGAUGAACUUGAUUGCUAUCGAUGCGGCUUUUGAUCCCAACACAUUUCCCAACAUGCGUAUCGAGAACCUCUCACUGAUUGCCAGUCAUUUUCUUAAACAUUCUUUUGCCUUGAGCGCUUCGGAAAUCGCAAAUCUGCCCGACGAGUUCGUGAAGUUUUUGGUGUCAACGAAGCAUUUCACAACUUCCGAGAAGCUAACUGCUAUCAAUAUUGCUCUUUUGUGGCUGAAUUCGGAUGGUGGAGUCAACGCACAGCGCUCCGAUAUUAUUUGCCAAAACGCUCAAUUCGCUUCAUUUGAAGACGGUUCUAAUCUACUUUUCCGCCAAGAUCUCUACCAGUGCCUUCAAAAGUAUGGGUCCCAGUUAUUUGUGGGUCGCGAUGAAACGGGUGCUGUCUACGUGAGCAAAGCAGAUCCUUUGGCCCUUCAACCUGAUCUCAUUCCUUCGAUUCAAAACUUUCAGCAAGCGAUCAAAACGGAUCAAUCGAUAUCGGACAGCUCGUUGCUUCCCUACCAGGAAUCGAGGUUGCAAUCUCUUAUUGAAGAGAUGAUCGAGAAAACUGCUCGUCUUCCCGACCCAUUCAUCGAAAAGGUGGUACCUGUUAUUCCGUACAAGGAACCAGUCGAAGAAGCAGCCUUUCCCAGGGAUAACGCUAUUGCAACUACUGCUUCCAUGUACUUGGAGCCAAAUGAAUCGAUCGACCAAGUGAAAGGAGAGCUUUUUGGAACUAAAGAACAUGGAGCGCAGAUGUGUAAAUCGGAGCUGACCUUCUCCGAGUACUUUCUUUCUAACGAAAACUUGAGCGCAGCAACUUCGGAGUACUGCUUC